AUGUUUGGCGACACUUACACAAUCCCGCCGCCCAUGGAAACUGUCACUCUGCCCCACCGCGUCGGCACACCGCAGCCUUCUUCCAUGAGUGCGGUCCUUCCCAACAUUCUCGACCCGCAGACUGCUGCCAAUGUGCCAAUCCGCCAUGUCUGCUGCAUUGGCGCUGGAUACGUCGGUGGACCGACUGCCGCGGUGAUCGCAUUGCACAACCCUCACGUUCGAGUGACUGUGGUCGAUCGAGACGAAGGUCGCAUCAACGCCUGGAAGGGCAAGCACCUUCCCAUCCAUGAGCCUGGACUCGUCGAGGUUGUGCGCCUGGCCCGAGAUGGCUGCAAAGAGGGUCUCCGACGGGACAGCGCACAAGGACAAGGGCAUGGACUGGUCGCUUCGCUCGACGGUGCGGUAGCUUCAGACGCGCACAAGGUUGACCAGCCAGCGCGCCUGCCAAACCUCUUCUUCUCGACUGCCUGCACACAAACGAUUGCCGAGGCAGACAUGAUUUUGAUCAGUGUCAACACUCCGACCAAGAGACGCGGUGUUGGCGCUGGCCGUGCUACGGACAUGACUGCUAUUGAAGGUGCCGUGAGGGACGUGGCAACAUAUGCGCGAUCGGGCACCAUUCUCGUCGAGAAGAGCACUGUACCAUGCAAGACUGGUCAAUUGAUUAAGGACAUUAUGGAGGCACACCGACCUGGAAUCGUCUUCCCUGUGCUCUCGAACCCGGAGUUCUUGUCGGAAGGUACCGCCGUGCGCGAUCUUAUGCAGCCCGACCGUGUCGUGAUCGGCUGCGAAUCAACCAUCUCAGGCCACCGUGCUGCGGCUGCUCUCGCCAACCUGUACGCUGCCUGGGUGCCGCGGUCACGCAUUGCGCCCAUCAACAUCUGGUCAUCUGAGCUGUGUAAAUUGGCGGCGAACGCCAUGCUUGCUCAACGCAUCAGCAGCAUCAACUCAAUCUCCGCCAUUUGCGAGCGCACUGGAGCGGACGUCAGCGAGAUUGCAAAGUCUGUUGGCAUGGACCCUAGAAUCGGCCCGCAAUUCUUGAAGUCUGGCAUUGGCUUCGGUGGCUCAUGCUUCCGCAAGGAUAUUGCCAGUCUGACUUACCUGGCAGAGUCGCUCGGUCUACCAGAGGUAGCUGCAUACUGGCAGCAAGUUUUGACGAUGAACAAUUUCCAGCGUGAUCGCUACGCUCGACACGUGAUCGCUACCCUGAACAACUCGCUUCGCGGCAAGAAAAUCACGAUACUGGGAUAUGCUUUCAAGAAAAAUACAGGCGAUGCUCGCGAAUCACCUGCCCUGGAGGUUAUCCGCGUUCUUCUCGAGGAAGGCCCCCGCAGCAUCACUAUCUACGACCCGCUGUGCAGUGAAGCCGACAUCAAGCGCGAGCUCGCAGUCCUGGAGGGUGAGCAUGCCGUUGUCAAGCCAGAAGGCCCCAUCGAAGUAGUUUCAGAUCCGUACAAGGCCUGCGAAGACAGCAGCGCCGUGCUGAUUCUCACCAACUGGGACAUGUUCCUCAACACCCGACCCGCUCCCGCUCUCACCAAACCCGUGGAAGUGCCCAUGUCAUUAGAUGGCUGCAUUUCGUCCGACAUCAUCGCCAUUCCUCCACGCACUCAGCCCAUCGCCGCACCCGCGGCUCCCUCCGUGACAAAGUCCACCUUUCCCGCUGAGCUUCUUGCACGAUUGACGCCUGAGCCAGUCUGCCCGAGUGACUGCGCCGAGUGCAGACAUAGCUCUACCCAAUCACAAACCGAGCAGAUGGAUGCUGUCAUAAAUGCUCGCCUCGACUGGGCAUCAAUAUCACGCUCUGUUCGGGAGCCUCGCUGGGUUUUUGACGGCGUUGGUGUUCUCGACUCACGUGCAAUGGUCGGUAUGGGAUUCCGCUUGGAGACACUCGGAAGAGCUAGCAUCUACUAG